AUGAAGCUGUCAGGAGCUGCAGCGAGUUUUGUGAUGUUGCUACUUAUCUUCACCUCUGCAGCAGCUGUACAAAAACUCAAGAACAUAAAUGAUCUAAAAAGACUCAAAUUUGGACAGUCUGUCCCCUCACACAGCCUGUUGCUGCUUUACUGGUUCGCUGACACGGUCGACAUAGACAAUAACAAUGUCAUAAGGCUAACCUUUGACCCCAACAGUGAAGAAUAUGGCUCACACCACUAUGGAAACUACGAAAGGAUGCUGGACCAACUUCCUCAGGGAAACAUACGAUACAGAUACUACACUGUUGGUAAUCUCCAUGAACAAAGGUCGUCUGAGCUUCCAUCUUAUGUCGUCCAUCCACGAUACGGAUACGAGGGAAGAAACCGGGACCGGAUCAUCUUCAGAGUGAGAGAGCAGAAUGUGGGCUGGCAAGCUGGACAGAUAGACAGGGUCUACAUCACACAGCAUUUUGAAACCUCUGAAUAUCAGGGGACGAGGUACGAUCCAGAACAUACGUACCAAGUCAGCAACAACCUUCUGAGGCAAAUCAGAGAAUUCUCUGAGGAAGACGAGGACUCUCUGAUGGAUCUCAGAGAUCGCUUUGGGAGCAACGCAGAUGACGCCCAGCUAAGGUACAUUAGAAACUCGUGGGGAGAGCUCGCUUGUCUUGGGCUAUUCUUAUUUAUUGUGAUCCAGGAAAGGGAGUCAUCCAACCAACACAACAGGAGACAGUCUUCAACCAGAAGGAGCACACACUCUGAUUUUGUUGUCAAUAUUCCAGAAAACAGGCAAAAUACUUAUCCUGGGAUUUCUGCAGGGCUCCUACAGGAUCACAGUUAUGAAAUGAAACUUAAGGUGACAACAGGUCCAGGUGGAAAAGCAAGAAUUCUUUGGAGCAAAGUUCCCGCAGAGCUUAUCAAAGAAGGUGUGAUGGUUGUGCUUUUUAGGAGUGGUUUAGACCAGGAAGAACUGACUUAUAAGUCUAUUGGAAACAAAGAAUCAGGCAGUUAUGACACAUCAGUACCACUGAAUGAAGGCCUUCAAGCUCGGCUGCAUAAAGUAAGGAGAAGAUGUUGCUUCUGGACAUCUGUUGGAGAGGAGCUCAACAGAGGCGCCGAGUAUGAGAAUCCCCCAGCAGUCGGCAUUGAAGGCUACAAUGCAAGCCUACAGAUUUGUGCAAAGAACGGUAAAGCCUGUGCUCGUCUGUAUGUGAAAAACUCUUUCAGAGACUGGAGGUCCACAUUCAAUAAUUCAUGGAUUGGACUUUAUAGUUCUGCAGAAAAAGCCACAGGCAAUUAUGAAUGGUGGCAAUGGCAGUGGGCAACAAGAUUCAAACCCAACAAUGAGAUUGAGAACUUUUCAAACUGUGCUGUGUAUGAGUACCACUCAGGAAUGACAAUUGCUCCAGGAGUACAAGCAAGAUUCAUACUGCACGAUGAGGUGGAGCAAGCCUGCACCCCAUGCUGGGGGGAAUAAAGACUGAAAGAGAUGAAUGGAGGACAAUUAUUUUUAAACCAAUAUGGAAAGCAAUGAAUUCUGUUAAUUUAAAAUCAUGUUUUUUCUGAAGCUCAAGCUUAUUAAAAGAGUAAAACUAUUAAAACAUUUGAAUCACUGACUUUUUUUAAUGAGAAUUCUUUGUGAAAG